AUGGUGAUGACAUUGGCCUCCAUGAAUGUAAACAUUGACGUUGACGCAGAACGUGUUGCAGGGCGGUUGAACCGGGAAGAAGAAGAAGAAGAAGAAGAAGAAGCAGCUAAUUCUUCAUCUUCUUCUUCUACGCUGGACAUCUGUUUGAACGUCAAGAUGCGAAUGGUUUGCAGCAAUGGCUUCAAUUACGAAUUCCCAGAAAUUCCCACACAGAUUACUUCAAUCUCUCUGCCUGGUCAUCCCAAUAGCAUUCAAAAUCCCACCAUAUGCCGAUCCAGCAUUCAAAUUGGACUUUCAAAUUGUUUAUCGGACCCCGACCAGGCCCACCUCCAUGGCGCCGCAGACGCUCUUCUCAUCCCAUCAUCGUAUAUAUCUCCUGAUCCAACCCCAAUACUACUUGACCAGCAACAGCACCGCCCAAUAAGCGCCAUUGAUCUUUUGGCCCAGCGAGUGGCAUCCACUGCAUCAUCACUUUUGGCCGAGAAGUCUGAUAAUUGUUCAGAUGGAUUUGGAUUGAUAUUAUUUCACUUUUCGGCUCGUGUGGAAUUUGAAACUGUUUUAACUGGUGUUAACCCAGCUAUAUGUACUAUUUUUGAGAAGGAAAAUAAGAAAGUUAUUGCACUUGACAAGUUGAAGAAGAAGCACACUUUUCAAGUUUCUUCUUCUUCAAGAAAUCAAAAGGAGGAGGAGGAAUUUGUGGGUAGCGAUUGCAGAAUUUGCUUGCAGGACUUAUGGGCUACUGGCAUUUACUUGAUGCGUCUGCCUAAUUGCACCCAUGUUUUUCACCAAAAAUGCAUCCUUUCAUGGUUGAAGGAAUCCAAUUCGUGUCCUCUCUGUAGAAACUUUUGUUUGGAAAAUCUAGAUGAUCUCAUGACUGAUUUAACCAUUUAAAUAUAAUGUUAAUAAUUAAUUCUGCAACGACUCUGGCUUUCAUUCUUUUGAUAAUUUUAUUCUAUAUAUUUUAAUGAAUAAUUUUCUUAUUACUACCUUACCUUGCCCUCCUAGUAGCAUUGAUGUUUUAAUUAAUUCAAAACAGGUUGUCUUAAUUAAAUUUAAAGAAAAUAUAAAAUUUUAUAAUAUCAACUCUUAAGAACUAAUAAGCUAGAAUCCUAACAUA